AACUCCACCUUGUGACUAAUAAUAUACUGCAUGCCGGUGUAAGGUUUCCGGUGUUAUGGCGACCUGGAGCAUACGUUUUUGUUUGCAGAAGAGUUUGGGUUGUGCUGUGAGGUAAGCCAAGACGACUCUCCCAUGUGUUUCUGUGGAACUGACUAUGCUGCUGUUGGUAGCACUGGUCAUGGUCUGUACUUACACUGUGGUAGCUGCCGAGGAGGCUGAGAACACCAGCCACAAACCACCAUUCCACUACAGCAGCCUCGCUCUGCCACAGCACCAUAUCCCCUACUUCCUCCACACUAACAAGAGAGUGGCCAGGCUUUGUCGAGAGGACCCGCUCUGCCCUUUUAAAGAUGCUCUGCUGGAUGUGUCGUCCUGCUGGGGCUAUGAGGAGAACUGUGCCCCAGAGAACCGCUUUGGCUAUCCUGUCUGCACCAAGAUCCACUCUGGAUGGGCCAGCUCAGUGGAGGCAGCCCAGGAGCUGUUCUGGAAACAGGCAGACUUUGGUUAUGUCAUGGAGCGCCUCAGUGAGAUGAAGACCCUCUGCAAGGCCACCAAUCCUGGAGAUUCAUCUCUGAAAUGCUCCAGCCACACUCGCUUCUGCAGGGCGACCAAUCUGUACCUGGACCUGAGGAACCCUCGCAGGGGUCAUGAGAGGUAUAAGGAGGACUUUCUCCAGGAGGGGGAGAUUGGGGGGCGUUGUAGUCUAAAAAGCCUAGCGCUGGCCGCAGAAGGAGAGCACAAGAGCCCUCUGCAGUCCUGGUAUGCUGAACUGCAGGCAUACACAGAGCUGGACUUCAACCCCACAGAUGAAGAGCAUUGUGACAUCAUCAUUGAGAAACCUACUGUAUUCAUGAAGCUUGAUGCAGGGGUGAACAUGUACCAUCACUUCUGUGACUUUGUCAACCUGUACAUUUCCCAGCACAUCAACAACUCCUUCAGCAGAGACAUCAAUAUCCUUAUGUGGGAUACGAGUUUUAAUGGAUAUGGGGAUCUGUUCAGUGAGACAUGGAAGGCUUUCUCUGACUAUGACAUCAUCCAUCUGAAAACAUUUGACACUAAAAGGGUGUGCUUCAAAGAUUCCAUGUUCUCCCUGCUCCCCAGGAUGAGAUAUGGGCUGUUCUAUAACACACCUUUGAUAUCUGACUGCUACAGUGAAGGGAUGUUCAGGGCCUUCUCCCAGCAUGUUCUAUAUCGACUCAGCGUUCCACAGGAUGGACCCAUGGAGGGGAGGAUUCGGGUGACGUUGUUGGCACGCAGCACAGACUACCGUAAGAUAUUGAACCAGCAGGAGCUCAUAAACGCCCUGAAGACUGUGCCUCUACUUGAGGUCAGAGUGGUGGAUUACAAAUACAAGGAGGUUCCGUUCCUCGAGCAGCUCAGCAUUACCCACAACUCUGACAUCUUCAUCGGGAUUCACGGGGCAGGACUUACUCACCUGCUCUUCCUUCCUGAUUGGGCUGUCAUCUUUGAGCUAUAUAACUGUCAGGAUGAGAGCUGCUAUCGAGAUCUGGCUCGGCUGCGGGGGAUCCGAUAUGUGACUUGGCAGAAAAGGGACAAAGUGCUCCCAGAAGAUAAGGGUCACCAUCCCACCCUGGGGGAUCAUCCUAAGUUCACCAACUACUCGUUUGACGUGGAGGAGUUCAUGCGUCUGGUGCUGGAAGCAGCAGACUAUGUCCAGCACCACCCCGAGUGGCAGCCCCUGCCCAGCCAUGAUGAACUGUAAGCCUGCAGCACGAGGACAGUUUGGUGAAGUCAAACACACGACUAAAACACAGCCGUCUUAUAAAUCUAAAAGUAUUUUUAAUACUAGUUGUUGUACACUGCUCAAAAAAAUAAAGGGAACACUAAAAUAACACAUCCUAGAUCUGAAUGAAUGAAAUAUUCUUAUUAAAUACUUUUUU